CUUUUUCUCCCGUACACUUACCAUCUCAUUCUACUCAAGAGGCUUCGUUCACUGGUGUUCUGUGGGUUGAUAAAGAGAACUGUCACAAUUGUGCCUGGUAUGGACUUAUUGUCCGGGACAUAUAUAUUUGCAGUCCUGUUAGCAUGCAUCGUGUUCCAGUCUGGCGCCCAGGAGAAGAACUACACUGUCUGAGAAGAAAUGCCAGAAAACAUCCUAAUAGGUGACUUACUGAAAGACCUCAACUUGUCAUUGGUUCCAGACAAGUCCUUGACAUCUCCUAUGCAAUUCAAACUAGUGUACAAGACUGGAGAUGUGCCACUGAUCCAGAUUGAAGAGAGUACUGGUGAGAUUUACACAACUGGCACUCGCAUUGAUUGUGAGAAAUUAUGUACAGGUAUCUUGGUGGAUAACCACUGUUUUUAUGAAGUGGAGGUUGCUGUUUUGCCAGAUGAAAUAUUUAGACUGGUUAAGAUACGUUUUCUCAUAGAAGACAUAAAUGAUAAUGCACCAUUAUUCCCGGCAACGGUUAUCAACAUAUCAAUUCCAGAGAACUCAGCUCUGACCUCUCGAUAUGCUCUGCCAGCAGCUACUGAUCCUGAUAUAGGAAUAAACGGAGUUAAAAACUACCAACUAAUUAAGGGUCAAAGUAUAUUUGGGCUUGAUGUCAUUGAAACACCAGAAGGAGACAAGAUGCCACAACUGAUUGUUCAAAAGGAGUUAGAUAAGGAAGAGAAAGAUACAUAUGUGAUGAAAGUAAAGUUUGAAGAUGGCGGCUUUCCUCAAAGAUCCAGCACUGCUAUUUUGCAAGUAAGUGUUACUGAUACAAAUGAUAACCACCUGGUAUUCAAGGAGAAGGAGAUUGAAGUUACUAUACCAGAAAAUGCUCCUGUAGGUAGUUCAGUGACACAGCUCCAUGCCACAGAUGCUGAUAUAGGUGAAAAUGCCAAGAUUCACUUCUAUUUCAGCAAUUUAGUCUCCAACAUUGCUAAGAGACUAUUUCACCUCAACAACACCACUGGACUUAUCACAAUCAAAGAACCACUGGAUAGGGAGGAAUCAGCAAACCACAAAUUAGUUGUUUUGGCAAGUGAUGGUGGAUCAGUGCCAGCAAGAGCAAUGGUGCUUGUAAAUGUCACAGAUGUCAAUGACAAUGUACCAUUAAUUGACAUAAGAUACAUCAUUAAUCCAAUAAAUGGCACUGUGGUUCUUUCAGAAAAUGCUCCACUCAACACAAAAAUUGCUCUCAUAACUGUGACGGAUAAGGAUGCUGAGCAUAAUGGAAGGGUGACAUGCUUCACAGAUCAUGAAGUUCCUUUCCAAUUAAGGCCAGUAUUUAGUAAUCAUUUCCUACUGGAGACUGCAGCAUAUCUUGACUAUGAGACCGCAAGAGAAUAUGCCAUUAAAUUACUGGCUGCAGAUGCUGGCAAACCUCCUUUGAAUCAGUCAUCCAUGCUCCUUGUCAAAUUGAAAGAUGAAAACAACAAUGCUCCAGUUUUCACCCAGCCUUUUAUAAGUCUUUCUGUUCCUGAGAAUAAUGCUCCCGGCACCCAGCUGACAAAGGUAAGUGCAACAGAUGCAGACAGUGAGCAUAAUGCUGAGAUCAAUUACAUGCUAGGCACUGUUGCUCCAUCUGUAUUCAAUCUGGAUCAUCGUACAGGCAUUCUGACUGCAGUGAAGAAACUAGAUAGGGAAAAACAGGAAAAAUAUUCCUUCACAGUUCUGGCAAAGGAUAAUGGUCUUCCACCCUUGAUGGCCAAUGCCACAGUCUUAGUGACUGUCCUUGAUCAAAAUGAUAACAGCCCAAUUUUCACUCACAAUGAGUACAACUUCUAUGUCCCAGAAAACCUUCCAAGACAUGGCACAGUAGGACUAAUUAUUGUAACUGAUCCUGAUUAUGGAGAAAAUUCUGCAGUCACUCUCUCCAUUUUAGAUGCAAAUGAUGAUUUCAUCAUUGAUCCACAGACUGGUGUCAUCCAACCAAAUAUUUCAUUUGAUAGAGAAAAACAAGAAUCUUACACUUUCUACAUAAAGGCUGCGGAUGGUGGUAGGGUAUCACAGUCUUCAACUGCCAAAGUGACCAUAAAUGUAGUUGAUGUCAAUGAUAACAAACCAGUUUUUGUUGUCCCUUCUUCCAAUUACUCCUAUGAAUUAGUUCUACCAUUCAGUAAUCCAGGCACAGUGGUCUUCAAGGUAGUUGCCAUUGACAAUGACACUGGCAUGAAUGCAGAGCUUUAUUACAGCAUUGUUGGAGGGAACACAAAAGAUCUUUUUACAAUUGACCAAACAGCAGGCAACAUUACAUUGAAGGAGAAGUGUGUUGUUGCAGACCUUGGUUUACACAGACUGGUAGUCAAAGCCAAAGAUUUAGGACAACCUGAUUCUCUCUUCAGUGUAGUAAUUGUUAAUUUAUUCGUGAAUGAGUCGGUGACCAAUGCUACACUGAUUCAUGAACUGGUACACAAAAACAUUGAAAAACCAGUGACCCAAAAUAUUGAGAUGACUGAUACAUCCUUACCAAAAAAUCACUAUGUCAAGAUCAUGGUUGCAAUCAUUGCUGGCACCAUAACUGUCAUCCUAGUUAUUUUCAUCACUGCUGUAGUAAGAUGCCACCAAUCACCACACAUUAAGGCUGCCCAGAAAAACAAGCAGAAUUUAGAAUGGGUUACUCCAAACCCAGAAAAUAGGCAUAUGAUAAUGUUGAAGAAAAAGAAGAAGUAGAAGAAGCAUGCCCCUAAGAACCUGUUGCUUAACUUUGUCAGUAUUGAAGAAACUAAGGCAGAUGAUGGUGACAAUGAUGGGAACAGUGUCACACUAGACCUUCCCAUUGAACUGGAAGAGCAAACCAUGGGCAAGUACAACUAGGGCACUGUACCUGCUACUUUCAAGCCUGACAGCUCUGAUUUGGCCCGGCACUACAAAUAUGCCUCUCCACAGCCCACCUUCCAGAUCCAGCCCGAAACUCCCCUGAAUUUGAAGCACCACAUCAUCCAGGAACUGACUGCUGAUAACACCUUCAUGGCCUGCGAUUCCAUCUCCAAGUGUUCCUCCAACAGUUCUGAUCCCUACAGCAUUUCAGAGUGUAGUUAUCCAGUGACAACCUUCAAGACUCCUGUGUUUGUUCACACCAGACUGACUGAUUCCAGGACACCAACUAUUGAAAUCUGCAGUGGGAUAUAAAUUUCUAGGAACAACAAAAUUUCAUUUCCCUUCAGAAAUAUUCCAUUGAUUUGUGAUUUCAAAAUUUGUUUAAGAUCACUAAUGUUACAAUCUGCAUUUACCAUUAUGAAAGCAAGCAAAGCAAAAAGUACUUUAAAUUGGAUGUCUCAAUAAACCUUAUGGUUACUUUAGCUUUAAUCUGACAAUAAAAAUUUAAAAUUUAUGGAAGAAGCAGUGCGGUAAAAUAAAAGAGUUUUACUGUGCUGUUUCUCUGCUUGCUCUAAAUGUCAACAAUUUU